CUGAUUUCUUUUUUGCUUGGGGACUUGAGCAAGGUGAUAAUAGUCUCAGUGACAGUUUUGAAAUGUCAAUGGAUCAAAUCCCAGAGAAGGUAUCACCAACAUUUAGACCAACGAAUGGAUUUCCUUUUUUUGGAGAUUUCAUCUACAGUAUAUACUUUACUGAAAAUGGUGUAAUUGUUUUGUCAAGAGAAAACGAACGGAAGGUUGGACUUGCAUAUCCCCCUAUUGGUGGAAUUACCAUUAAUUAUCCACGAAAAGUUAUCGCCCCUUAUUGGGCCGAUUCAGACUUAUCUAACAGCGAUAUUGGUGAAGUAUACUAUAGUAUAUACAGUAGCAACAUUGAAACUGUGUCUGAUCGUGACAGAGAAAUGUUAUCUAAUGGAACAGAUCGUGUAAGAACGUUUCAAAACAAAACUCUUCCUAGUGAUCAAAUUAUAUCAGAUUUUGUUGCUAAUUGGAUGCUUGUUGUAACGUGGGACAAGGUUCCACAAUAUCCUGUGGACAGCAACACAGACAAG